AUGGAUGAACUUACCGCCUCCGGCAAGGCAGAACCGGCCUCCGAGCCCGCUGCGACAUCUGUCAACACCUCCGCUUAUACCCAACUUCUGCUUGACACUUUGAGCUCUUCGUUUGACAAUCAUCUGCUGGACUCUGACCUUUCAAUUCAUUCCUACAACAGUCAAAUUCAAACCCUUACCAGCAUGGCUGACCGUUUCCCCUCCCUGGAGGACUUCUCUGAAGGCCAGACCGAAGUGGCCGAAGCCCCCACUGCUACCGAUGACGACUUCCUUGCCCGUGAGCGCGCAGCUCUCGGUGAAGAUGCCGACCAAUUCGCUACCGCCCAAGACCACGUCGGCGAGAAUGUAGGCGGAGAUGACGACUUGCUCGGAGGCGAUGAGCCCGUUGAGGAACUCGGCCAAUUCGAAUCAUCCUUCCCUUCCGUCGAAACUCAGAACCAGAAUGAGCGCGUUGCUCCUGGUGGCACAAUUACCGGCACCGGCUCACCUUUCCCCCGUACCGGCUACUCAAACCCCCAGGAACCCGAAGAUGAAGGCGAUGCUGUCCGUGAAUGGCGCGAGAAGCGUGACGCUGAGAUCGCCCGCCGCGCACAAGUCUCCGCCGAGAAGAAGGAAGCUACCGUUAACAAGGCUCGGGAGGAUAUCGAUGACUUCUACGUUUCAUACAACAACAAGGCGGACAAGAACCGCUCGCACGCCCGUACCGAAGCCGAACAAUUCCUUGCAAACCGGGAGGAUACUUCUGCUGGUGGCACAAGCUGGGAGCGCAUUGCUAAGCUGGUUGAUGUUUCGGGCAAGGGCUCCGCGGGCGGUGCCAGCGGCUCUGGAAAGGAGCGCUUCCGCGAGCUGUUGCUCGACCUUCGAAAGGACCAGGAGGCCCCUGGCUCUACCGGUCUCUAG